AACGCUCGGUGCACGUUACCUCUUUUGCGCCACGCACUCUCGAGUGUUCGUAUCUUGUUUAGUUCGGGCUGCGUGCGAAUCUUUUUCCAUCUUCUAAAAUGAAGAUUUACAAAGAUAUUUUCACCGACUGUCUGCGAUACGAGUCAACGACGGCACCUUGACAUCCACGAUGCUCGAACAAAGAUGAUUGGAACUGGAAAUACUCAUGAGAUGAAAUGUUCUCUGAUGCUUAUAAAAUCAAAUUGGUGGACGAUGUACUGUACGAAGUAUACGGUAAGUUAGUCACUCGUAAAUCAGGAGAAAUUGAUAUAGCUGGCUUUAAUCCUUCUACUGAAGAAGCCAAUGAAGGUACCGAUGAGGUGGUAGAGUCUGGUGUUGAUGUUAUCUUGAAUCAUAGACUUCAGGAGAGUUUUGCCUUUGGGGAUAAAAAGUCUUAUACGCUGUACCUCAAGGACUACAUGAAAAAAUUGGUUGCGAGACUCGAAGAGAAAUCACCCCAAGAGGUGGAAGUAUUUAAAACCAAUAUGAACAAAGUUAUGAAGGAUAUCUUAGGACGUUUCAAAGAAUUGCAAUUUUUCACUGGGACAUCGUCAGACAUUGAGGGAAUUGUAGGCCUCAUGGAGUACCGUGACAUUGACGGCGAGUCUGUGCCCGUACUUAUGUUUUUCAAGCAUGGUCUUGAAGAAGAGAAAUUCUAAGUAAUAUUUAGAUAUCCAAGAAAUCGACAAAUUUUAUAAACUGGAAUCAAGACUGUACGCACUGCUGGAAAGCCGUGAAAUUUAGUUAAAAAAAUGUAAAACAAUUCUUCCAACUUCAGUUUAAAAAUUUACAGUUGACUAACGGUGCAUUAAAUAAAAUGUUUGUCAGUGAUAUAUUUCUUUGUAAGUAAUUGUACAUAUUCUGUAACAAAAGAGAAGAGACGACAAGGAAUGUGGAUAUUCCUUGUGAGAAUGUGCAAACUAUUUCCUUAAAAAGCUGCUACAUUAUUUUCAUUUUUACGUCCAGUAGCGCAUUAGGCAAUUUUAUUUAUAAAAAUCGAAAAAAUGGAAGUUGGGAAAAGAAGCCGCAGCGGACACGCAUCAAUCCCAUGGUGUAAUGUUUACAAUUACCAUGUUAAUGUCUGUAAUGUCAUUGAUGAAUUUCUGAAACAUAUUCGGUAAUAUCCAUGAAAUAAAUUAAAAUUUUCAUAAUUUU